AUGUCUACUCAAUUUUUUUCGAAAUUAAGUCAAAAUUACAUUGAAUUAAUAGAUGAUGAUGUAUAUUAUGAUAUUACGGUUGAAGUUGGUAAAGAACCUAAUGUAAAAAUCCUUCGUGCUCAUGUUAGUAUUCUGUGUUGCCGUUCCCCAUAUUUACGAAGAACUUUGACUACUAAUAAGAAGAAUAAAGAUAAUAAUUCUUUAGCUCACAUUAAGUUACCAAAUAUAUCAUCGGAAGUGUUUCAAAUUAUUAUAAAGUAUAUGUAUGGUGGUAUUCUUUCAUUGAAUGGCCAAGACAAUUCUGAAAUUCUCAAACUAUUAUUGGCCGCUGAUGAAUUACUACUUCAAGAACUUGUUGAUUAUUUACAAAUUUAUUUAAUUGAAAAUAAAUCUGAAUGGAUGGAACAACAUUUUGAACUUAUUCAUCGAACAAGCUUUCAAUCCAAUUCUUUAUUACAACUUCAACAAUUUUGUACAGAUAUUAUGGCAAACUCUCCAGAGAAAAUAUUUAAAUCUCUUGAUUUCACUUCGCUUCCCGAAAAAUCUUUAGUUCAACUUAUCAAAAGAGACGAUUUACAAAUGAAAGAAGUUGAAGUUUGGGAACAUGUAUUAAAAUGGGGUCUUGCACAAAAUCCCACACUUCUUCCAGAUCCUAGUACUUGGUCAGAUGAUGAUUUUGACAGCAUGAAAAAUACUUUACAAGAUUGUUUAUCUUUAAUUAGAUUUUUUAGUUUAUCAUCUAAAGAAUUCUUGCAGAAAAUUUGUCCUUAUAAAAAACUAUUGAAACGUCAACUUUAUGAAAAAUUAUUAAUUUCUUACUUGGAUCCUGAUAUUGACCAAACUAGCAAUAUUUCACUUCCUAGAAAUCUUAAAAUUGAUGGAAUUAUUGAUUCAAAAAUUGUAAAUAAUUUAAAUAUUAUUUCAACAAUUUCAAGAUGUAUUGAUAAUAUUAAUAGCAAAUUUUCAUAUGUCAGAGAAUUUUACUUACCGUACAAAUUUCAAUUGUUAUUAAGAGGAAGCAGUGAUGGAUUUACACCUAAAAAAUUUCAUAAAUUAUGUGAUGAUAUACCCCAUACUGUUACAUUUAUUAAAGUAAGAGGAACAGAUGAAAUUAUUGGUGGAUAUAAUCCGUUAAUAUGGAAAUCUUCUAGUGGUAGUUGGGGCAAAACUAAAGAUAGUUUUAUUUUUUCUUUCAAAAAUGAUAAUGUUAAAGAUGCAAUAAUUAGUUAUAUUACUAACGAUAUAUGUUAUGCAGCAAAUUAUAAGAGUAUACAUGGACCAUUUUUUGGUGAUGAUAUUGUGAUAUAUUCCUCUAAUGGAGAUUCUAGAGAUUAUGAUAAUAUUUGGUGUCAAAAGAAGUAUUAUGAAAAAAAGAUAAGAGAGACAAAAGACAAAUUUUCUAUGGAUGACUACGAAGUAUUCCAAAUAGUAAAGAGAUAAAUAAUAUUAUUAUAUUAAAUGUAUUGGUUUUAUUUAUUUUAUUUAAAACAAAAAAUAUUUUAGUAUUAGAUAAUUCAAAUUUUAAAUAUGUUUUACUUCCAUUAAAUAAAUUAUUGAACGCGCUUAAAAUUG